CGCACUCCAGCCUGGGUGGCAGGGCGAGACUCUGACUCAAAACAAAAAAAAUCGCUGGGCGUGUGGUUUCUCUUGCUGCUUCCACUUCACUCUUCUUCAGCCAGGGCAGCCAAAGGCAGGGCGCUUCCCGGAUCGACCAGGGGGAAAGGGGUUGAGUGUGGCUGGGGGCAGAACUUUUCCCUAGUGAGGGUCUUGGUGAGGUCUGCCGGAGGCACACUGGGGACACCGGAGAGCAUCAGGUGGCCGCCGCUUCCCACGUCCCUCCUGUAAACGGUACUCGGUACUCGGCUCCCGGCUCCGUCUCCCUCUGCUCGCCUUGUCACUGUGGAGCUGUGGCAUUCAAGCAUCCAGACCGCCUGUUCCUGUCAGGCCUGCCCUGGCAGGUGCUCCGUUUGUCAGGUUGGCAGCGGGUCUCACGCCCUGGUUGGUAGGCAGGUGAGUGAGGACACAGGUUAGACAUGGGAAGGUGCCAGGUCACUCCUCCCUCUUGGGCUGACCUGAGGCAGUGGAGGGGUUUUCAGGCUGGAAUGUUCUGUCCCGUAGGGGACAUGCCUUCCUGUCACUUACAGGAGUGCUGCAGGAGGGCAGGUCCCUCCCCAGGGUGGUUAACACUGUGGAGGCGGCACGGGCAGGAGGAGAAUCGGGGCGGGGGUGGUCAGGAGGUUGGAGGCACGCUCCAUGUCUGUGCUCCUCACGGGCCCUGCUGCCCUGCCUGCUAAGGGCAUGGGGAAGGGGUCCCCACCUCAGUGAGUGGCCUGUGUCCCUGACAGUCACAGCCACCUAGCCUGUCCCAGAGAUGAACCAGCCGACCUCAUCUCCCGCCCGAACCUACCUCCAUUGGCUUUGGCUCUUGUCUUUGUGCUUCCUGACCCUUUCUCCUGUCUGGAGCCCUUGAGCUGUGCCCACAAUAGGCUGCCUUUGGCAUCUCAUGGGGUGAACGAGGGCACUGCGAGGCAUUCCCUCCCUGGGUUUGGCUCCUGCCCACGGGACCGAUGGUAGAAAUCACAGACUGCCAGACAGCUGGAGCCCAGCUCUGCUUGAACCUAUUUUAGGUCUUUGAGCUCCUCUUGGUCUCUAGACUCUCCCUAGAGCUCAGCCAGUGCUCAACCUGAGGCUGGGGGUCUCCGAGGAAGAGGGCUCCUGGCCCAGCAGCCACAGCUCCCAACCACAACAUCCGUUGGGGUUUGGCCUACGGAGCUAGGGCGGAUGACCCCCAAAUAGCCCUGGCAGAUUCCCCCUAGACCCACCCGUACUGUGGUCAGGCGUGCCCCCCCCCAUCUCUGGGGCAAGGCCCAGAGGGUAUAAACAGUGCUGGAGGGGGCAGGCCAGCUGAGCCCUGAGCAGCUGCUGCCGAGACGCCAUGAGAGCCCUCAUGCUCCUUCCCGUGGUGGCCCUGGCUGCACUUUGCAUUGCUGGCCAGGCAGGUGCGAAGCCCAGCGGAGCAGAGUCCAGCAAAGGUGCAGCUUUUGUGUCCAAGCAGGAGGGCAGCGAGGUGGUGAAGAGACCCAGGCGCUACCUGUAUCAGUGGCUGGGAGUCCCAGCCCCUUACCCGGAUCCCCUGGAGCCCAGGAGGGAGGUGUGUGAGCUCAACCCGGACUGUGAUGAGCUGGCUGACCACAUCGGCUUCCAGGAGGCCUAUCGGCGCUUCUACGGCCCGGUCUAGGGUGUCGCCCUGCUGUCCCGGCCGGUGACCCCAGCUCUGCUCCUCUCCAGGCCCCCCUUCUUCCCCUUCCCCUUGCCCUGACCACCCGGCCCUGGGGAUGUGGGGUCCCCAUCAUCCCAGCUGCUCCCAAAUAAACUCCAGAAGAGGAAUC